AUGGCCGCCAGCACAAGAGAGCAGAAGCCUGUCGGCUCGACAGCAUGGAUUGCUGCGGAAAAAGAAAACAUGACAGAGCUGGUUGACCAGGAGAUGGAGGAGGUUGAAUACCCCGUCCGCCAUGAAAUGGCGUGGCUAAAUGAACAUAUGGCCGAGAUCUUCACCAAGGGCCAAACAAACUUUACGGAGGUGUUUAAAACUCCCGGGAAGAUGAAGGGCAAAACUCCUCGAACUGCCCGGAAACGACACUUAGAGGAAAACCGAGUGCCCCUGAGUGAGAUCUUCUCGUCUGCCCAUAAACAACUGGAAAACAAAGCGAGCCCCAGCCCAUUUAUCCAUCGAGUUGUCUCCAAACCCGCUGCAGCGACUACCUCGGCCGCCCCUCACAGCACCCACAAUACUCAGAAGGCCACUACCCUCCACGCGUCACAACCGGAAUACCCCGACCUCAGUUACAAUUUGAAUUCCUUUCCGCAAUAUAACACCGACUCAGGCUAUCAUGGGAUGCCGGAUGACGACGAUAUGGUCUUGCCGGAUGUGCAACAGGAGACUCAGACUUCCACUCAACCGUUGGAAGACGACGAUGCCACAGCUCCAAAUACCCAGGAGGCUGACUUAUCAAUUGCCCAACAAACAAAUGAUGACUCUUUCCACUCUGCCCAAGAGAAUGUUCGCGCUCGCGGCGAGACUGUUGAGCCAAUGAACACCGAACCGACUCCCACGCAAGAGCGGCCAACUCGUCCGGCAGAGUCGACUCCCAAGGAACCAGAAUCAGAAAUGAGCUCAACACCCACGGCUAAAGCACAGUCUAAGCCCAAGGAAGAUAUCGCUCCAGAAAAACAGCAGGAAGAACCAAAGCCCCAAAAGGAGCUGGAAGAGAGGGAGAAUGGACCGGCCUCGAGGGUUCACUUCUCGCCACAGAAGCCUCCAGCAGCCCAGCCGUCCGAGGCGUCCAAGUCGAAGGAUAAUGACGAGCAAAUGGAAGAUGCUGCACAGGAUGACACUGUCCUUGACACCCUUGAUGAUAUCGGUUCUCCUUCAGAUGGCUCCACUCCCGAACGACCCCCAGUCCGGAAGAGCAGCUUGUCAUUUGCCUCACUUCCCGCCAGGGAGCCCCUGACAAAGAGCAUGGGAGGAUCGCGGAUUUCUCGCACGAGCCAUGUCGACCUCGCGAAACUGAAUGCUGGAGGUUCCAGCCAUUUCGGAAGACAAACCGGGGGACACAGAACGACUCAGGCUCCGAUGGAUGACAAUGCAGGUGAAGCCGGUGCAAUGGACAUUGACGAUGAAAAGGAAGCCAGUCAAGAGGAGGACCCGGAGAAAGCCAGCAAACUGCACAACAAGAAGUCGACCCAGACUCUUCACGAAAGGAUCAGCAUGCUUGGAAAGCUGCAGCCAUCACGUCCAAAGAAAUCGAUGCCGUCUGGGCCUGGGUUGUCUACUGGUCAGGUUGCUUAUCCGGACCUUCCUGCCUCUAAAGCGGAGUCAAAACCAGAACCCUCGAGCCAAAAGCUUCGUGAGACACCCGCGCCAGAACCGACUACAUUUGCCGAGGAUGACUGGAUCAAGCCAUUGAGUUCUCCUCAGAGACCGGAGCUUGCCAAGAGCAAGACCACAGACGCGGUGGAAAAACUCUUUGAUGUCGACAAGAACCCAUCAAUUGGCAAGAAAGAUGCACCUCCUUCUCAGGGACAACCCGCCACAGAGUCUGAGCGUCCGAAGUCAGCAACCUCGAUCUUCUCGUCUCCUCGGCCGACCAGCCAUCAAAAGACUGGGUCCGUGUCCAAUAUUAAUCCUGAGGCGUCUACUACUCCUGGAGGUUCUCCCAGACGCUUGGACGGGCCCCUCAGUGCUUCGAAGAUGCGGUUGCAAUCGAUCAUGAAAUCUGCCAAGGGCCUGUUCACAAGUACCGGUAGCAUGAGGGUAGAGACCUCGUCUCCCGAGCAGCCAAGAAUCCAAUCGCAAAAACAACCGAGCGCCGAAAUUGAUGAAGAUGAUUAUCAUGAACCCCAGCCGCCUCCCACCCCUCCUCGACCAGAAGGCCGCCGCACGCGGAGCUCUACUGAGAAGGAAGAGAAGCGCCGGCAAAAAGAAGUGGAAGAUCGCCAGCAGGAUGAGGCCCGUUCAGAGAAGGUUCGAGAGCAGGAGAAGCAGAAGGCUCUUCAGCUCAAAGCCGCGCAGGACAAAUCAUCGAUUGAGCCAGAAGAGCGAACGGCUACGACUACCCAGAAGUCGGCGCAAUCGCAGCGACAACAAUCACGCGAGCCUGAAUCCUCUCAUGAGACGAGUUCCAGAUUCGCCCUUCCCCAGCCUAAGCAAAACGACCGACGUCCUGUCAAACCAACCCGUGAGCCCAUGCAAAGGCCCAAGCCGCAACCGGUCUCCAUUCGCGUGGGGAGCACUUUGUCUCGUCAAAUUCCCAUGGCCUCCAAUGUUUCUUCAGGCGUACAGGAGUCGAAUAUCGCAGCUCCUACGCCUGCACCGGCCCCUACUCCUGCCUCGAAAUCGUCGACCUUGAAGAAGAAGGGCAGUAAUUCGUCCCUUCAUACGGCCUCGUCUACAAGCAGUUUCAAAAGUUCUGUGUCCAGCCAAACCCAGGCACAGCGGAAAGCCCAGCUUGCGAGCGAAAGGAAGAAGGAGCAAGAGGAGCGCGAGGCCCGCCGAAGAGAGGAGCAAAAGUGCGAACAGGAACGCAAGCGGGCUCUCCAACAACAGCAAGAGGAGGCUCGCCGACAGGAGAUGCGGAGCCGUGCUGAGGCUGAACGCGAGCGUCGGGAGAGAUCCGCUCAGGAAGAUCCCAAGAAGGCUGCUCAUAUGCAGGCGAUUGAAAAACGACGAUUGGAAAAUGCUCGGAGACAUGAGAGGCAGGGAAGCCAGCAACUAGCCAACGAGGGGCCACCGCUACAGCACGAAAAGCCCAGCAUGCAAUCUUCGCAACGGAAUGACUUGGGGGCCUCUCGUCCACCUUCUCGUCUGGGUUCUGUUCAGCAAUACGGCCGGUCGAUCAACCCGCCUGUUCCUAACCCCGCCAAGCCUCCCAAGCGAAUGAUGGAUGAGGAAGCCAGUCAUCGUCCUGCCGUCUCCAAGCCCAGCAAUGUGAAGCCAUCCGGGGAGGCCAAGCGGCGAAAGACAGAGGACGAGCACAACCCCAUGCAACCCAUGCGGCCCACCAUGGCACCGCCGAUCCGCCAGUCAAAUAUCCGAAAGGAACCCGGAAAGCCGUCUCUGUUUGGACACGGGCAAUCAUCCAUGGCGCACCCCUCUGGUUCUUCUAUCUUUAACAAGAGUGCUCAGGCCCAGCGACCAGCUCACCCCAUGGACAUGGCCAAGUACGCCAGCGGCAAAAUUCCGUUCGCUGAACCGAAUCACGCACCGCCCCCUGCCCACAAGCCGGCCAGCUCGUCCCAGCGGACCCCUGCCACAGCACCUAAGCCAUCCCCCAAGUACCCGAGUGGUGAGAACAUUCAUUUGCCGGAGAUCGCCACAGAUAGCGAGGACGAGGACGAAUCAGACUCGGAGAUGUUCCCCGUGCCCAAAUGGGCACAGCCCAAGGAGCUGGAGAGUCUUUUGCGACAGCAGGAUGGCAUGGAAGUCGACUCGAUCUUCGGGCCGAUUGCGCCCUUCUCUCUGGAGGACACCUUCAAGGCGGACAAGAAGGUCAAGAAGUUCCGUGACCGUACCAGCAGUGCCAACUGGUCGGGACCGGACGGACUUACGCAGGAUGAAGUCCGCAAAGAUCGCCAGGAACGGCAACGGUUGAAGGUCAACGGGGGGUGGUCUUUCAACCCCUAG